AUGGAAAAUCAUAAAAAUGUCACAGAGUUUGUUUUUAUGGGCCUUUGGGAAAAUAGACAAAUAGAACUGCUGUUCUUUCUGCUGUUUCUGCUUUGUUAUCUGGCUGUCUUAAUGGGGAACUCUGUCAUUCUAAUCACCGUCACAUGCAGCCACUUGAUAGAACAACCAAUGUAUUACUUUCUAUGCCACCUCUCUUUCAUGGACCUCUGCUACACUUCUACUGUGGUUCCCAGGCUCAUCAGGGACUUGGCUGCAGCAAGAAAAAACAUUUCCUAUAAUGAAUGCAUGACCCAGCUCUUUACUGCCCAUUUGCUGGCAGGUGUGGAAAUCUUCAUCUUGGUGUCUAUGGCCUUGGACCGCUAUGUUGCCAUUGUCAGACCCCUGCACUACAUGGUUAUCAUGAACAGGAGGAGAUGUGAUAUGCUAAUUUUCACCGCCUGGGCAGUGGGAUUCUGGCAUUCUAUUGCUUUACUGCUCAUGGUGCUCAGUCUGCCUUUCUGUGGUCCCAACCACAUCAAUCACUACUUGUGUGAUAUAAAACCUCUUUUGAAGCUGGUCUGUAAAGAUAUUCGUGUUGUUAGUAUCUUAGUAAUUGCCAACUCUGGGAUGGUGGUUGUUGCCAUUUUUCUUGUACUAGUUGCUUCUUACAUACUCAUUUUGUAUCAUUUGAGGACAAAAUCAUCAGAGGGGCGACGGAAAGCUCUCUCAACCUGUAGUUCUCACAUAAUGGUUGUAGUUUUAUUUUUUGUGCCCUGUAUUUAUACCUAUGUUUUACCUGCAGGAAGUGAGAAUAAGGAUAAAGAAAUUUCUGUGUUUUAUACUGUGCUUGCUCCCAUGCUGAAUCCCCUCAUCUACACCCUGAGAAACAGUGAGAUGAAAAGCGCCAUGCACAAGGUAUGGUCUCGGAUGUCACAUUCAGAGUUAAGAUAACUGAAGCAAUCUU